AUGGCUGAUGAGCAGAAGCCCGCCGCUAACACGGCUGCCGAGCAGGACGUCCAGAAUGUCCUUGCCGAGCUGAAGCAGAACGGUGCGUCCACUGAAGCUGAGAAGGCCGACAAGACCGACGCCGACGAGGCGCGCAUUGUCGCCGAGGCCGCCAAGCUCGGCGAGAAGUCAGAGCAGUCCGAGGAGAAGUCUCAGGAGCAGCGCGACUCGCGCUCCCAGCGUGGUGGCCCUGGCGGUCGUUUCACUCGGACCAACAACGCCAAGUUCGACCCCUCCUCUCAGAAGGAGACCGAUGACCCCGUCGAGAUCCGCAAACAGGUCGAGUUCUACUUCUCCGAUUCGAACCUGCCCAUGGACAAGUUCCUCCUGUCCAAGGUUGGCGGCAGCGCCAACAACGCCGUGCCCUUGAGCCUCCUCCACUCUUUCAAGCGCAUGCGCCGCUUCCAGCCGUUCGAGGCCAUCGUCAAGGCCCUCAAGGACUCCGAGACUCUGGAGUUGACCGACGAUGACACCGCCGUCAAGCGCAAGGUCCCUCUGCCCGAGUCCGUCAACAACGACAACAACGCCGAGGCUGUCAAGGUCUUCGAAGACAAGGCCAUGGCCCGCAGCAUCUACGCUAAGGGCUUCGGUAACUUCGGCGAUGAGGAGCCGACCACUCAGCUGGAUAUCGAGGCCCUCUUCGAGCCCUACGGCCCCAUCAAGGCCGUCCGUCUUCGUCGCACUCAGGACAAGACAUUCAAGGCCAGCGUUUUCGUCGAGUUCGCCGACGAGGAGAAGCAAAAGGCCUUCCUGGAGCUUGCUGAGAAGCCCAAGUGGAAGGACCAGGAGCUCAUCGUGAAGAGCAAGAAGGAGUACUGCGACGAGAAGGUGGCAGACAUUAAGGCUGGCAAGGUCUUCGCCAACACCAGCCGCGGUGGCCGUGGCGGUCGUGGCCGUGGUCGUGGUCGUGGUGGCCGGGGCGGACGGGGUGGUCGUGGAGAUCGUGACCGCGAGGACAAACGCGACUGGCGGGAGCGCCGCGACGAGGACCAGAAGACCGGCUUCAAGAAGGACGCUCGGGGUGUUCCCGUCGUGCAGGCGACUGGUGAGAAGCGCGCUCGUGAGGAGGAGUCCAACGGUGACCACCCAGCGAAGAAGGUGGAUUCCAAGGAGUAG